AUGUCUGUGUCCAUUUUUUCAAGCUGGAGGUACCCUCCUCACACUGCUCUGCUCACUAUUGUUGCACAGUGCAGCCCAAGGGAAAAUGAUGUCCUUCUGAUAUUCCCCUCAGACAUUCAUUACCAUCCAGGGUCAAACCUCAACCUCUCCUGCCAUGCAGCCUCCCACCCUCUUGCACAUUAG